AUGAUUGUCCGAUCAAGCGAUGCUGAUGUAUUAGUGACUGUAUUCAUUGUAAGACCUGCAGUUGAUGGUUCUCGAGGGGCAAUCUUAUUUGAUGUAUUAACUGAUAUUGAUGCUGUUUCACUUGGAGCAGGUGAUGAAGGAGAAGCUGAAUUCACUCCAGUUGUGACAUUCAGAAGGCCACUAGUACCUCCAGAGGGGUUUAAAGAAGCUGCAGCUGCAGCUGCCAAUGCAUUCCUUCUUUCUUCAGCAGAAAUCUUCUUGAGUCGAGUUUUAGAUAUAGGUGUGGGGAAAUCGGGUAAUGUAACAAGUAUACUUUUAGGGACUUUCAACUUGACCCAAUACCGUCUGGGAUAUGCCAUGUUUGUGUAUAAGUAA